GGCCCCGCCCACUUGCCUGACCAACAAACUAGGCUGCGCGGCCUUUGUCCCAGCCGGGGUUCCCUGUGGAAGGCACGGCAGGGCAGUGGGCGUGGCUUAGGCUGCUCGCAGCAGGUUGGGUUGGUCGGGUGGAGCUGCCUCUGUUUAGGCAGGUGGAACAUGGAGAAAGAGGAAGGAAGACCGUGAGAGCGGACAACCGAGAAACAAAGAGGGACGGGGCAGCCUGCCAGGACCCAAGGCUUCUUUGCAAAACACUCCCCAGAACCUCAUACUGCCUGCGCUGGCCUGCCUUCUUCCCAUACUGUAUCCUAAUGCCAUCCCUUCUCAGGGUUUAUCACUGAUCUCUUCACUGAUUAAAAAGAAAAAAAAUGCUGCAAAUGAUAUUGUAACUUCUGUCAGCCAUGGCUACAAAGGUGGAGCUGUCAACCAGAACCACACGGAGUGAUAUUUUAAAUGAGGCAAAACCAUCAAGGACAUAUGUCAGCCCUCUUUCAGAUGCAAGUAAUAAGUCGACAGAUACAAGUAUAUCCAGCUCCCUUAUUAUUGAGGAUUCUGUGAGAAAUACUUCCAAAACCAUAAGCAUGCUUAACUCUGGAGUAAGGCCAAGACUCUCACCAAAGCCUUUUUCGAGGGAAAAACCUCUAGAAAUCAGGAAAUCAGUAGGAAUGCCACCCACCUUGUCUGUAGAUGUAAAGCAACACAGUGAUGUGCCAUUUCAAGCCACUACCAGCAUAUCUUUAUCUGGCAGUACAAAAAGUAAUGAAAGUGAAAGAGUAGGUCGUCGUAUGUUCACGUCACCUCUUCAAACAAGCACGGAUGAGGACCAGGGCAAUAAGUCAGAAGGGUUUUCUUUAACAGCAGCAGGUAGGAGACCGAGCGGUUCUAGUUGGCCACCAGGAACAAAUAAGAUUAGUGAAUCUAUAAGUACACAAACUGAUGAAAGGAAAGUCACAUCUAAGCCUCCAAUAGUAUCUAGAAAACCUGAACUUUUGCAGCAGGAAAAAGUAUAUCCAAGCUACUCAAGAAGUUCUCCUUCAGAUCUUGGGGAUGAAUCAAGAGAGCCUGGAGAUAAGAGUCUGGAAAAAGCUAAAUCUGAAAACAUUGAUAGUUUAACAGUUAGAGCUCAAAUAAGGCAAAAGCGUCGUCCAGUGUCUGCUGCGUUUCUAGAAUCAAAUGACCCUGUGAGUGACCCAAAAGUAGCAGAUGAACCAAUAAAAAGAUGGAACAGAAGACCUCUUUCUGAAGAUCUUACCUCAUUGUUUGAAAUGAUAGGUGUUGGAAACAAGAAAGAAAGCCCCUCUGAAGAAAGUAAGGAAAACAGGCCUUUCAGGAAAAAUUCUCUUAGCAGCAUCACAGACGAGCAGUCUAAUGUAAGUUCCAGGGAAGGUGAUUAUGCAAGUGAUAAAAACAUAUCCAGUGACACUAGAAUGGGUGUAAGUGGAACUACCUUAAAAAAUGUUUAUUCUUCCCGCAUGGAGAAAGAGAAGUCCAAGGAUAUACCAUCGAACAAGCAGCAGCAGAUAGCUGAUGUCGGUGAAAAUGAAGGUGUUAUGAAACUAUCUGCAAAUAUGAACAACCAGUCUUCAACAUUUCACCUGGAUCAAUAUAAUGGUUCAUCUGGUGAGGUAAAGAAAUCAGAUGACAGUGGAGUUGCCCCUGGAAUUCUGAAAAGACGAAUCAGUCUUUAUACUGCCAACACCAACUCCUCUGAGGAAGUAAAAGUGCCUUUAAACACAGAGGACAAAAAUGCUGCAAAUACUGAAAGAAAAACUAAAAGUUUUGUCUCUGAUAAGGAAACAAAGUCUGGGACAGAAUGGAUAACGUCACCAUCUCCGACAGCAAGCACAGAUUUUACAAAAAAAUUCUUUAACUCUCCUUCAAAAUUGGAUUGGAAAGCUGAGGGACCAAAUGAAGAAAGGAGAAGUAGUUUUUCGUCUCAAGAGUAUCCUGCUCAGAAGGCAAAAAAGGAGUGGCAAAAUACUUCAUUAUUGGAGGAAAAACCAUCUAGACCAAGGUUAAUCAGAACAAAUGAUGAACCUGUACAAUAUAAGGAAAAUACAGAGUUUUCAAAAGACAAAAGAGAUUAUAGUUACAAAGAUAAAUUAUAUGAUCCAAAAACUAAUUUGUUUGAAGAAACCAAUAAGAACUCAACUCAAGCAGAACAAACUGCGAAGACCGUAAAGGCAACCAUGUUUGAGCACAAAAUAGAAAGGCACAAUCCUCCUGAGGUGUACCAGUCAGGAAAUGUUAUGUCCAGCAAGCCUCCCAAAAGUGCUGUCACAUCUGAGCGUUUACAGGCCAAACAUGAAUCAUCAAGUUGGUUAGAAUGGUUAGACUGUAAAAAUGUGCAAUCAGUGGCACCAAUUCGAAAGGACCUUGAUAUAAAAGACAGUAAAUUUAGUGAAAAAUCAGUAGAGAUUAUUUCUUCUUCUACAGAAGAUGGAAAUGUACAAAGAAUGAUGCUUCAAAGCACUAAAACAUUUGAUGAGAACAGGAGAGUAGAGCCAAAGUAUGAAGUGGUCCAAGCUGUAACAGAAAGAGCUCUAAGUGAAUCUAUUCAAAUAGCACUCGAAGACAAGGCUGUGACUCUUCGAUCUCGACGAUCUUUUCACAGCAAAGAUUGGGAACAAGGCAAAGAUGGGUAUGGGCAAUCGGGGACUAGUCUGCAAAGAAGUAAAAGUGAAUAUAGAAAGAGAAACACCCUGAAUAGUCCCAAGGAAAAUUCACAAGGCAGAUUUUUUUUUACUGAGAAAAAUGAAUUUUCACCAUCUGAAAGUCUUUACAAAAAAGAGAGCAUUUUUAGCAGUAAAAACACUUCAAAUGAUAACAAAGACUUUGAUUUUAAAGAGAAAGUCCAUGAAUCAAACAAAAAAGUUGAAAAACAGGAAGGCACAUUGGAGAAAUAUUGUUCUGACUAUUCCCAAUUUGGAAGUAGUGUAACAAGUAAGGGAGAAAUGAAAACCCCUUUUAGAAGUGACAAGCUGAUUAGUUCUCGCAGCUCAAUAGAAAAAGAUUCCGAAAAAAACAUUAAAACUGUGAAGAAAGAUUCAACCAUUGCAAAUUCAAAUAUAAGAAAUGAAAUAAAUUAUUUAACCCAGGAGUAUAAAAAACAGCCAUCACUUAAUCAAUUUCAUCCUCAAAAAGGACUGUCAACCAGAAACAUCAAUAAAGAGGAGUCAGAUGGCUUUACCAAUGCCAUGUUAAACACGGAAAUUGAGGAAAUAAAGAGGGAAUUAUUCAAUCGUCGGUCUUCGAAAGAAGUUGAAACUUUUCAAAAGAAAGCGAGUAAGGAAGAACUUAAAGAGGAUACUAUACUGCUAAAAAGUAAAGACUCCUUUCAAGAUGGAGAAAAAAGCAUUAGGCCAUCUGAUAUGUAUAAAUUUGAGCGUGAUGAUAUAAAGAAAAAGACACCUGAGUUUAGAAUUCCUUAUGAAAAGAAAGACCACCUAGAUAUUACCGCUGUUAAAGACCUAUCUCCAGGUGAUAAAAAAGUAACAUAUUUUGCAGUAACAGGUAUAGAUGGUAAAAGGCAGAGGAAUGAUGAUGGCGAAAAUCAGAUCAGCAGUAAUACCAGCUUUUCUGAGGACUUUUACUUUACUCACAGUGUGAGAAUGGGCAGAAUAAACUUAAAUUCCAACUCCAGCUCUGUUACGCAAGAAGAAAAAAAUACAGAGAAACCUAUAGAUACCUCACGUGUUUUAACUGGAAGCACAACAUACAAAAAUGUGCAAGUACUUCAAGAUAAUUUUAAAGAAAAGUCACAAAAGGCAUCAGAAAGUCACAGUGUUGUUGAUGCGUUGCUCAAGAGACACAAACAAAAACCAAUUGUUCAUGAUAAAAGUCCUAUAUAUCUAGAUACUCAAACAAAACCUGUGCAGAAAUCAGGUAUAAUAGAGCCUGAGAACAAGACAGAUUCAAAGGCCAAAGAAUCUCCUCUUAAGCUUGAUGGAACAUAUAAAUCAAAAGCUGUGGACAUUGAUUCACUGAUGGCUGACUAUAAUGCCAGUCAAAGAAAGGAUAAAGAAAACAAGUCCAGAGAUGAUGAUCUAAAUUUCACUAAAUGGGAAAGGUCAAGAUCUUUUAGGGAGGGUGUGUCUAGAGGUUCAAGUAACAAAUGGAAAGAUCCCUCAGCUCGAAAUUUUACUUAUGAUGAAGGCUAUAAAUAUGAGCCUGCUGGAUUACGGUAUACUUCGUCUCAAGAAACUACCUCAACAAAGGAUGAUCUUAAGCAAGCUCUCUCAAAAAGUCCUACACUUUUAGAUAAUUUCAGCACUUUUGCAGGAGUUAACCAUGAUAAAGAUCUAUAUAAAGGCAAUAGAGAAUCUUCAGUAAAAACCAUUACCCAAACCAACUAUAAAGAACAUUCCACACAGUCCUUUGACUCAAUGACAACAGAAGCAAAGUCUACUUCAUAUAUGCAAAAUAAACAAACCAUAAUAAAAAUGAGUGGUGAUCAAAGUGAAAAUCGGUUGGCAGAUCGUGUACAUCAGGGCUCUAAACAUAGGGAAACCAAUCCAGAGGAGAAGACACAAACACUUUCCGAAAGUAAAAAAACAGCAAAAUCAAGUGACUUAAUCGGUCUUAUGUUGGAAAACAGAGAAAAGAGAAUUGAGCAGCUUCGUUCUAGACAAAGGGUUCCAGUGGAUCUUCCGCAAGAGCCAGAAAUGCACCAGAUAGAGGCGCGACAAGAUUGGACAUACAGUGAUAGCAAGGACUAUCGCAAAAAAGAAGAACUUAAACAGCAUCCAACAAGAAUACGGGAGAUGGAGGUUACAACAGAUUUUAUCAGAAGAAAGAGUCUAAAUCGACAUAAAGAGUACACAGCAAGCUCGGCUGAGGAGGGUUCGGGCUGCAUCCCAUGUGCUCAUCCAUGGUCAAAAGCCCAGGACCAUGUGAAGCAGUGUUUCUCCAGAUCCUCUACAUCCAAUAAGGACACAGAUUCUCUUGUGCAAGAAACUGACAGACAAUAUGGCACAUGGAGUCAAGAUAAGCAACAGCCUGGGGAAAGCUUUGCACAAGAAUCGUAUGAUAUCAACAGCCGUAAACGGCAGUCGCACAGUCGUUUGUCCUCACUGUCCCACACUGAGACUGACCAGCAUGAUUCUUUUGCCGAAGCCCGUGAUGGAAGUCUGGAUAGAUCAAGCAUGGACCUUGACUCCACCGAUGGCACAGCAAGCACACCAUCUUUUCAUGAAGCCAAAGCAGUUGAUUUCUCAUUCAUGGAUCAGACAUCAGUCUUAGACUCCACAGCACUCAAGAACAGGGUUCAGCUAAGUCGGAAGAGUCAGCGUCGUGCACCUAGUCAAUUGCAACGCAGAAGUAGACUUUUGGUGACAAGUAGUCAACUAGAAGUGAUAGAGGAUACAGACAGUCCUUGGAUGUUCACUGAUUCCACAGAACCUGAACCUGAGAAAAAGGAUGAGGUUGAAGAGGAAGAAGAAAAGCCUCAAAGAUCUUCACUUCAGUCCCAGAGGAUGCCAAUGUUUCCUGGAAUGGACCACUCCACUCUAAUGGCUCAACUCCGGAAGAGGCAAGAGGCAGAAAGUGGUAGUGAAUCUUCAACUCAACCUUCUUCACCUCAGGCAUCUGCUCAACCCUCAAGGUCGCCAAAAUCCCCUCUACCACAAGGGACACUGGGUGUCAAACUCUUGCCAACCUCUGCGGACAUACAAGACAGAGGAGCAAGUGCAUCCCCACAGUGGUUAAAAGAGCUGAAAUCAAAGAAGCGACAGAGCCAAUAUGAGAACCAGAGUUAACAGAACCAACACUCAACCAGAAGAGGACACAGCAGUUUAACAUAAGCCUUAAUCCACCCAGCCCAACAGAUACACACCUUUCUGCUGUCUUGCUUCAUCUCAACUGCAACGUGUUCCGUGCCUUCCCAUUUUUGCGGAAAAAAAAGCUGCUUAGUACUUACACAGAUACAAACAAAAAUGUAUUUUAUUGUAGAAGAGAUAAGUCACUUUAAAACUGAAAAGGAUACCUACUUGAAACAGAGCUGUACUAAAGCCAAAGGUCAUGCUUCCUGAUGACCUGUUGAUAUGGAGGGAGUCAGGACAGUGGCCGCUUGCACCUGUCAGUGGAGUGAAUGUGCAAACCUUGUUCUGUAUGCGGAAGACUCAAUGUAGAAUGAGUGGGGGGAGGGGGGGUAGAUUGACUUUUGUAUUUGUUUAUGAAGAAAAAAAUCAGUUUCACAAAGGAAUUUAUCUUUUAUGUCGCUUAAAAUAUUGUAAUUCACUAUCCAGAUGAUUUAUUUGUCCCAGAGUAUAUAAAUAUAUAUAUAUAGAAAAGAACAAAAUGUUUACUGCCAAUAACAACAAAAAAUGCUUGACUACUUUUGUAAAGUAAUUUUUAAAAAUUGUUAAUAGGAAAGAGAAUGUCAGAACACAUUGUAUUUUAUGUUUUCAUUGCUUUUAUUAUGGCCUCUGCAAAAUACUGUUUUAGCGUAAAAAAUUUUUUUUCUCUCCUGGAUUUUUGUAAUGACACAGAUAUUUCACUUUGUAGUUCCACCAUUAUUAGUGGCUGCAAACCAUUCUCUCAUCAUGUGAUCACUGGUCUUUUUUUUUCUUCCAUGACACACACGAAAAUGAAUCACAUAAUAUAGGCAUGUUAUUUUCCAUAUCCCUCUGCUCCAUGUUCUGUUUUGCAGGAGCCAGUAGAUUUGGGCAUGUCUUCAACAUUAUCCGUCUUCCGUGCAUAUCUGCUUCCCAUUGAAAACUUGUAAUACACAUUUUCUGUAUAACGUCUUUUUUUUUUAUGUUUCUGUGUCAUAUUUUAUUCUUGUGCCUAUUUUUGCAUUUCAGAUAGGGCCGGAUUUAUCAUAAAACCCAGAAGGGCAGUUUUUGUUAGGGACAGCUUUUCUCCCUGACCAUUUUAUUAAUUUGCUUUUCCACAGUACGAUAAAGAUGAUGAUUAGAUAUUGUAGGGUAGAAGCACAAUGAUUAAACAGAAUAUUGGGUAGCUUUUUAGUGGAUGUCCAAAAGUUAUCUUUAGCUGUGUAGAACCGGCCCUGCCCUUCCCUGCAAAACCAUUUACUCUUCCUAUACGGCUCUCUACAACUCACACAGUUUAAUACUGCUAAAUAAAACUUCAUAUUGUUGCCUUAUAGCAAUUCAUGCUUCAGAAACUAGAUUCCACAGGAUGGAAAAGCUGAAGCGGCAAUAAUUGUAACCUCGUCAGAAUCCAUGUCAAUUUCCCAUAACAUUUCCUUUGAAUGUCUGCUUCAUUUAGAAAGGAAUUCGUCCAGCACCAGAGGCUUGCAGGUAAAAUCAAGC